AUGUUUAUGACAAGAAGUGAAUACGAUCGUGGUGUGAACACAUUCUCGCCUGAAGGUCGUCUUUUUCAAGUUGAAUAUGCGAUUGAAGCAAUCAAAUUUGGCACAACAGCUAUCGGAAUCAUGACAUCAGAAGGUGUGGUCUUAGCGACUGAAAAACGUAUUACAUCAGUUCUUAUCGAGCCACGUAGUAUCGAAAAAAUUGUUGAAGUUGAUGCUCAUUGUGGUUGCGCAAUGUCUGGCUUGAUCGCUGAUGCUAAGACCUUGAUCGAUAAAGCUCGUGUUGAAGCGCAAAAUCAUUGGUUUACUCAUAACGAACGCAUGACAAUUGAGUCUAUCACUCAAUCUGUAUCAAAUAUGGCAUUAGCAUUCAGUGAUGAUUCCGAUGAAGUCGCACCGAUCUCACGUCCAUUCGGCGUGGCACUUUUAUUUGCUGGUUGGGAUGAAAAUGGUCCUCACCUCUUUCAUCUUGAUCCAUCCGGUACUUAUACCGAAUACGACGCUAAAGCGAUCGGAUCGGGUAGUGAAGGUGCUGAUCAAACACUUCAAGAUGUUUAUCAUAAAUCAAUGAAAUUACCUGAAGCAUGUAAACAUGUUUUAACAAUUCUUAAACAAGUUAUGGAAGAAAAAUUAAAUGCAACAAAUGUUGAAAUGGCCACUGUCGAUGCCAAAGGCUACCGUUUAUUUAAAAAGGAAGAAAUCGACGAUAUUAUUAAGAAUAUGUAA